AAUUCGAGCGAUGAGCAGCGAUAGUGAAAGUGAAAAUCAGCUGCGACGCGAUCGUGAUUUGGCCGAGCUUAACGAGUGGUUCCACAGCAAUGAGAACCUGCCUCGAGAAAUUGAGCCUUUGCUGCUGCGCCGGUUCUAUCAGUGCAUGUACUGCCAUGUGGAGGACACCAAGAAGCUUAUCGAGGUGAACUAUGCGCUGCGGAACAAGCAUCCGCAUUUGUUUAUUAAACGAGAUCCGCUAGACGAGGACAGUCGUCGCACCUUUGACUAUGCGGAUAUAUUGCCGCUUCCGGGCCUGACUCCGGAUAAAUACAAGGUGUCGCUCUACUGCUUUAGGGACUUUGAACCGUCCAAGAUGCAUCACACGGAGGAUACGAAGGCAUUUUUCAUGGUCACCGACUGUCGGUUCAUAACGGCCGAUGAUCCCGCUCAAAGCGGGCAGCUGUCGGAGGGCGAGGUGCAGAUCUUCGAUAUGAAGGGCACCACCAUGCGCCAUAUAUCGCGUUUAACGAUUAGCACUUUGCGUGCUUAUAUCAAGUUCCUGCAGCUGGCGUUUCCAGUGCGCCUCAAGGCCAUUCACAUGGUCAACUGUCCGACGUAUCUGGAUCGCAUUGUGACCGUCGUGAAGCCGUUCAUAAGCGAUGAGGUCUUCAAAUUGAUCAAGUUUCACACGUCCAGCAUUGACACUUUGUAUGCAUUUGUGCCGCGUGAAAUGCUGCCGGAGGAAUAUGGUGGAUCUGCUGGAUCGCUGGCCACACUGCGGGCGCAGACCCAACAAAUCCUGACGGAGAAGAGGGACUAUUUAAUGGAUCCCAAUAAUUGGGUCGUCGAGAAGCCUGAGAAACGUAACGGUAAAUCAUGGAAACUAUUUAACUAAGGAGCAGAUGAUGUGUUUUCAAUUUUUUUUUUGCAUUAUGUAUUGUUUACUUUAUGUAUUGUUUUGUAGCU